UUCAGCACCCUGGACAGCGCCGGAGGAUUUGUCCGAGGUGGUGGACGCCUGCAGUACCACCAGGUGAGAAGAGUGAUGACCAUCCUUUUCCUUACUAUGGUUAUUUCCUACUUCGGUUGCAUGAAGGCCGCGCCCAUGAAGGAAGCCAGCGUCCGAGGAGGCCCAGGCAGCUUGGCCUACCCCGGAGGGCGGACCCGCGGGGCUCUGGACAGCGCGCCCGGGCCCAGCGUCGCGUCGCUGGCGGACACCUUUGAGCAUGUGAUCGAGGAGCUGCUGGAAGAGGACCGGAAGGCCAGGCCCCGCGAGGAGAGCGCAAAGGACGCGGACUUGUACACGUCUCGCGUGAUGCUGAGCAGCCAGGUGCCCCUGGAGCCGCCCCUCCUCUUCCUGCUGGAGGAGUACAAACACCACCUGGACGCGGCCAACAUGUCCAUGCGGGUGCGGCGCCACUCCGACCCGGCCCGCCGCGGGGAGCUGAGCGUGUGUGACAGCAUCAGCGAGUGGGUCACCGCCGCGGAGAAAAAGACCGCAGUGGACAUGUCCGGCGGCACGGUCACCGUCCUGGAGAAGGUCCCCGUGUCCAAAGGCCAGCUGAAGCAGUACUUCUACGAGACCAAGUGCAACCCCAUGGGCUACACCAAGGACGGGUGCAGAGGCAUAGACAAGAGGCACUGGAACUCGCAGUGUCGAACUACCCAGUCGUACGUGCGGGCCCUCACCAUGGAUAGCAAAAAGAGGAUCGGCUGGCGUUUCAUAAGGAUAGACACCUCCUGUGUGUGUACACUGACCAUUAAGCGGGGAAGAUAGUGCUGCGUGCUGUAGAGAGUAUAUUGAGACAAAAUUAUCUAUUUGUAUAUAUACAUAACAGGGUAAAUUAUUCAGUGAAGAAGAAAUGAUUCUAUGAACUGCAUGUAUAAAUGACGUUUAUACAGUACAGUGGUUCUACAAUCUAUUUAUUGGACUUGUCCAUGACCAGAGGGACAGUCAUUUGCACACAACGUUAAACAAAAGUCUGCAUUACAUUCCUCGAUAAUGUUGUGGUUUGUUGCCGUUGCCAAGAAUCGAAAACAUAAAAAGUUUAAAAAAUACUAAUAAAUUGCAUGCUGCUUUAAUUGUGAAUUGAUAAUAAACUGUCCUCUUUCAGAAAACAGACAAAAAAAAAGACAAAAACAAAAAUUUGAACCAAAACAUUCCGUUUACAUUUUAGACAGUAAGUAUCUUCGUUCUUGUUAGUACUCUUGUCUGUUUUACUGCUUUUAACUUCUGAUAGCAUUGGAAUUAAAACAGUGUGAAGGUGCUGUUGUCAUUGCUUUACUGGCUUAGGGGAUGGGACGGGAGGGGAAUCUUUUUGUUUGUUUUGUGUUUUUUUUGUUUGUUUGUUUGUUAUUUUAUUUUAUUUCUUUUUUACUUUUUUUUUUUUUUUUGAGAUCCCACAGGGAGUAGGGACGGGAAAAGGGUUCUCCUAUCCAUUCUGGACGGUAACAGAGUUUGCAGUGUCCACCAGAUGCCUGGAAAGCACAUGCAAACGAAGACAACUGCAUCAACGCCCUCACUGCCCUUCCCGAGUUACCUCCUGGGUCCCUGCUCUGGACCUGGAAAGCUUCUUGAUCCCAAAGACCUGUCUCUCGGCUCAGGCUGCUCUUUCCCUUCCUCCCUGUUCAGCCCCCUCUGUCUCACUUUAACUUAAGGAAGAAAGUUCAGUUGCGCGCUUUGAAAUCUCCUUCUGCUUUUGUGAACAAUUUGUGGCCCAUCACGGCACGCGUGGAAAACGGUGAUUUAUUAUUUUUUUUAGAAGAGAAAAAUAACACUAAGAAAUAACCCCCAAAGAAGUAUUUUUUUACGAAGGGUCAUCUGGGUAUAAAUCAUGGUGAUGCUUUACAGUCACAGUUAGGCUUAGCGGUGUCCUGUCGGGGAGAUGGCGAGCUCCAUAUGAACCCAGGGACCCCUAGGUCACAGCAGGACUCUGCGUGGCUGGUGACACAGACGAACAGCCCUGCAGAGGCCGGCGGGGCUGACAGGCUGGUUGCUGGCAGCGCAGGAGGAAUGUGUGAGUGGCCACCCCUAGGUCCAGGCGGAGGUGGGGAGGGCACUCGAGACAUUCCUGAAGCAUCACCGCCACAGGCAGCCCCGCAGUGACCCGUGUCAAUCUGCUUGGACCUCGUGCUUUAAGUGCCUACAUUAUCUAACUGUGCUCAAGGGGUUCUCCUCGGAGGACCGCGCCCAAGCUGACUUCUGUUCUCCACCCCACCCUGGAUCGUUGUGCAUGAAGCUGGAGGAUUCGCCUGGAGCAGGUUAGGAGCCAAGGUGGCGUUUUGUGAUCAGGAGUUCCGUCCCCUGAGAUCACAGAUAUUUACUGCAAGAACCCUUCCUUGCUUUGCAAUUAGACUUUGAGGAAACCAGGGUUUUGUCCCUUGAGAACAUUGUGGGAAAAGGAAAGAGAACAGGAAAAGAUCUCAGGCUUUCAAAAGAUCAAGGCCUGAAAGGAUAGGAAUCUUGUCCAGAGACAAGACUUAGUGAGAAGCCUUGCUCUGGAGAGGCCAGGACGGUUGACAGCUCCUGGCUCCCCAGUGAGGACCACAGCGUCCCCUCCCACUCCAGCUGUUCCUGGCCCCUGCUUGCCCUCUGCCCUUUGAGUUGGGAGAGGUGAGGCUGGGAGGCUAGAUAGUGCUCUGGGAGGACCCAGUUAAAACUGGCGCUCGGCCCAUUUACCCACUCAUCCCGCUUCCAAACCGGAAAAUGCUAGUGGUGACCACCUGGACCAGGGUCCUGAGGCCCAGACCAAGCUUCAGGCAGUUACUGCAUCUUAGAAGGUGAGGGAUAAGAGAGAGGAUGUUCCAGUGGGACCCAGGGGUUAGAUAGAUACCAGCAGCAGACAGUUUCCCUCUGUUCAGUCUUUCUGCAGAGCUGGCCUCUCCUCCAUGGUUCCACCUGAAUACCUGUCUUGGGAAGACUUUCUGUAGUAUAGGUUUGUUUUGUGCCGUUUGACAAUAUUUGUAAUUGUUUUGAACCUGUAGGAAUGCUUGGAACAUCUGCUGUCUGUUCACUUUUCGCAGCUUCCUUUUGAGAAACAACAGUUCCAAACCAAACCAAGUCACCAUUGCAGUCUUAAAAGUAUUACAAGGACCAGACCUGUGACAUGGCUUUGUGGUAGACGACGUCCGUGGCUCUCUUACUAACCAUAAACAUCACAGUCCCACGCUUGGUGAUUUACGUUGACCUACAGUUUAUUUUGUUAAAGUCUCUCUCUGUUGCUGUUCGUUCCUGUUAUGUUCUGUUUUUGCUGUGGUCCUUUUGUGGCAGAAGUGUUUUUAUGCAUGGCAGUAGGCCUGUUGCUUUUUUAUGGUGAUUCCCAUUGAAAAUGUAAGUUAAUG